AUAGUUGUGCCAGAUGCAGCCACCCUGUAUAUAGGGAUGUCAAUCCAACCCGUAACCAUGGGUACCCUACCCGAUCGUAACCGGUCAACGAGGAUAAUUACCCUCUUUGACGGGUUGAGGGGCGGGUAAGGGUAAUACCCGGUUUCAAAAUAAAGUGUAGGGUAUGGGUAUGGUAAUCGAUAGUACCCGUCUAGUUAUACCCGCCCAGCGAACAGUUACAAGUAUUGAGAAUUUUUAAUGGACAACAAUAUGUAUGUGCAUAUAUGUGUAUAAGUUCAUAGUUUAGGAUUCGUACCCAUGGUUACCCGAAUACCCGUGGUUACCCGGUGGGUAGGGUAUGGUUAUAUAAUUUUCAUACCCGGUGGUUAUUUGGUCGGGUAUUUUAGGAGGCUCUACCCGGCGGGUUAGGAGUUGGUAUAGGGUAAGCCCGCACCCGACCCUACCCAUUGCCAUUCCUACCUGUAUGGAAGAAACUAUGGAAGCAAAAUGUUCCCCCGAAAGUUAGGAUUUCCUCGGGAGAUUUGCUAAGGAUUCACUCCCCGCCAGUGUGGAAGUUAAUGCUCAUAAUCCCAAAUGGAGUGGUAGAUGCCCGUUCUGUGAUCAAAUUGAGACUUAGGCACAUACAUUGGGCGACUGUGAUUGGGGAAGGCGCAUUUGGCGAUCAUCUCCUGUGGCGGUCUGUUUCGAGAAGAAGGUUGGCGAAGACUGCCUAGCUUGGUUUAAGGCGGUGAUUGAUGGAGUUGAGCAAGGCCUAUUGGAGUCAUGGAGUGUCCUCCUGUACAAUAUAUGGAAAGAGCGAAAUGCUCAUUUGUUCAAUGUUAGCUGAUUAUCAGUUAAGGCAAGAAAAGGAGCACAACAUGCAGGUCGCUACCCCUGUGAAGAGAUGGACUGCACUGCCCUUUGGCAGAAUUAAAAUCAACUCGGACGUGGGUAUUUUGCCGGGAGGAGGAGCAAGGCUUGGUGUUAUGGUGCGAGACUCAACAGGUCGAUUUCUUUUUGCAGUAGCAAAGCAGUUUAUUACAUGCAUAUGGGAUCCAGAGGAUGCAGAAGCCUUGGCGGUUGAGCUCGGUGUGCAUAAGGUGGUUCAACUUCAUCUAAUGAACCCGAGUUUGGAGACAGACUGCUUGAACCUUGUGGUAGAUAUUACCCAGGCCGAAAGAAGCAGAAUUGAAAAGGAAAUUGUCUGGAGAAACAUACGCCGAUUGCUCGAACAGUUGGGAGAGACUUCAUGGCAGCAGGCACCAAGAGAAGCCAACGUGGCGGCCCAUACCAUGGCGCACGUGAAAACAAUAUGGAAUGAAAUGUAGGUUUGGGUAGAUAGGACCACGAUCAUCCUAUUAGAUCGCUAAAGUUGGACAAUGUAACCUCUCUUGCUAAUUAAUGAAAAUGCUCCAGGUUCCCUUUAAAAAAUAACAAGCCCUUUUAUAAUUAUCUUAAGUCAAUAUAAUAAUCCUUAAAUUUAAACAAAUACAUGUGUGCUUUAUUAGGGUUAGUUUAGGCAAAUGAAAUUAAGUUCUUAAAGUUCAAUAUUUCUAAUUGAUUGUUUAGAUCAGGAUUUUUGGGCUACAAAGACAUGUUUAGAGUAAUGUUUUAGGGAAUUUUAAAUAUUUGUAAAAAUUCUAAUGAAGGUUGUCAACAUAAACCUAUACAUUAUUUUUCAGCUUGGCCUCUUGAAUUUUAUGAACAAAAGGACUUGAUUGCACCAUGAAGGUGUUUGUGGGUGAGCUAAAGGAAAGGAAGCACGACGGUUCUUGCCCAGGUGGUAGGGCAAUGACGAAAAAGGGCAGAAAGCAAAGGGUCUAAAACCCCUAAUAUUUCCACCCACGGACAGACAUUAAUGCAGUAUACGUCCCUAAGCUUUAUAUCCCCGCCUCGUAUUCUACGCUCGUUCACUCACCCAUCUUUUAUCAGCAAGCCUUUAAGAAGGAAGCAAUCACAGUUCGCUUGUUUCACGGUACCCCCCUAAAAUAAAAGGGGGGAAGGGCGGCUUAUAGCCUUGAAAGGCAUACAGAAUAGUGGAAGUACCACUCGAUAUUCCUUUUUUUUUUCCUCGUUGGUUCUUCUUUUAAAUCACUUGUUGUUCCAGUUUGAAGUCCGAAGAUCCCAGUAAGAAAUUGGACGAAGCCCGAAUCGUUUUCUUAUUCUAUUAUACGAGAUUUAAAUUUCGAGUUUUGAAAAAGAGUUUAAACAGUAAUAAACUUUAUUGUGAUUU